AUGAACAUACUCACUUCAGAGGUUGAAAGUUUGAAGCAGAGUCAAAGAGACAACAAUGAGAGCAGGAGGCCCAGGAGCUACUCAAGGAAUAGGCGAGCUAGCAAAUUUGCAACCGGUAGUGCCAAGGAAGUGCUUGUUCUGUAUGCAGCCAAUUCCAGUCCAAUAUUCACCUAUGGAAAGCGGACUCUUGAGCUGGACCUUUCACUGCGAAGACCCUUCACUUGGCAGUUCACUAUAGCAGACGUGGCAACAGCCAUAAUCGGUGCAGACUUGCAAGGCCACUACAAUUUGCUCAUAAAUCUGAAAGGCAAGAGAUUGACUGAUACCUCCACAGGCUUAACCUCUGAUGGGAAAGUUCUGAAAGCAGAUAUUAUCAACAUUUCCACAAUAGAUCGCCAGCAACCGUUCAAGGAUCUACUAACAAAAUGUAAUGUCUACAACAGGUCUGCCAGGUUCAGGAAAAUUUUCGGUAAAAAAUCUAUAGCAGCAAAAGCCGAAAUUCAAAAUCUUCUAAACAGGGGUAUGUUAAAAGCAUCCAGCAGUCCGUGGGCAAGCCCUAAUCAUAUGGUGCCAAAGAAGAAUGGAACAUAUAGACUUUGCGGUGACUACAGGAAACUGAAUGCGAGCACUUUGAAUGCAACCUCAUGGGGAUUGUUUGAGUCACUUUGUAUGCCGUUUGGAUUGAAAAAUGCAACUUAG